GUGCUUAAUUCCUACCAAAUUUAUAUCAUUAGAGGUAUCAAUUCAGUAGAAACUUCUAUCAAUUUCUCGAUAGAAAAAAAAAUGUGGAUGAAGAAGCUGAGAAUUUUAACACCCUUUUCACAAUCUCAAUUAUUGAGAAGAAGGGAAAUUACAGUUUCUUCUUUUAACACCCAAUUCGAUUUUCCAUCAAUUUCUCCACAAGUAGAGCAAUUUCCUCAAUUUUUACAAUCUCGAAAACUUAAUUUUCUUGGAAACGAUUUGGGUUUUUCUGGAAGAACCCUUUUUAGCUCUGAAGCUGCUCAAAAAAAUUCUUGCUGGAAUUCUUGUUGUAAUGGGGUUUCCUCAAAUACGACGCCGUUGCUUGUUUGUACUGCUUGUGGCUGCGUUCAACCUGUGGAUCAAUCUGUUGAUUUUUUCCAGAUUUUUGGAUUGGAGAAAAAGUAUGAAAUUGAGGGGGAGAAUCUAGAGCGCAAGUACAAAGACUGGCAGAGGAAGCUACAUCCGGACUUGGUUCAUACAAAAUCUCAGAAAGAAAGGGAGUAUGCUGCUGAACAAUCUGCUCGUGUCAUUGAUGCUUAUCGCACACUAACUGACCCAUUGUCAAGGGCAAUAUAUAUUCUGAAGUUGGAACGUGUGCAUGUGGAUGAAGAGGAAAAAAUUGAUGAUGUGGAGUUGCUGACUGAGAUGCUGGAAAUCAGGGAAACUGUUGACGAAGCUGCUGACUCAAAGGCACUUAAACAAAUUCAGGGGCAGGUACAAGGGAAGUUCGAACAAUCAUCCAUCUCUUUUGUAGACGCUUUCCAAAGUAGAAAGUAUGAAGAAGCUUUGGCUGCAAUCCGAAGGAUGACUUACUACAAGCGUGCAAAUGAGGAGAUAGUGAAAAAGCUCUAGUUUAUGGAAGCAUGAAGCUGUGGUUUGAGACUGAAAUGCAACUAGGCACAACCCGAUGGACCCGAAUCACCAGUAGCGCACAAAAGUCGACAAUAAGUCGAUCUGAUGAAGUUGGUUGUUCACUUGUUCCGGUGGAUCUAGUCACCUACCAUACUUUCCAACUCGAUCUCAAAAAUGUAUACACUGUUGAUCCACAAAAUAAUUGCCAAGAACGUCCAUGGCAGUGUGCAUACCUGAACUCUCACUCAUUGAUGAAUGAUCCUGGUGGAUUUGACCUUGUAGUUACUAUUUAUAUGAAAUGACGAAAACAGAAUAAGAAUCGAUUCGAAAUGUUGCAUUUGAAUGGGAACGAUGGAGUUUGAGUUGAGUAUAUAACUUUAAACUUUCUAUUUUACACCUAAGGAUAUGAUUUUAUAGUAA